AUGCAUGCGCAUAGAAUUGAUACAUUUCUCAUAAGAGAGAACCUCAAAUUAGAGAUUAUACAUGAAUCGAAUUCUUAUUUUGGUGGAGAACAUAUAUCGAUCGCGUUCCGAUUUAAGCAUUUAGGUUCACAACAUGAAUUAUUCAACUUUAAGGAAAAGCUUCGCACUUUUGACAACGCUGUUGAAGAAAAUUUAGAACACCAACUGAGAACACAAGAUGAUGAAGAGGGCGCCAUGGAGAACCAGGCUUGGUCAUUGAAAUCAUUACUAGGUGCAUUCAAGAAGACAAGUAGGGUUGAAGGGAGUUUAGAUGCAAAAAACAUGGAAACAUUAAAUAAGAAUAAAGUUCUGAGAGAAAAAAUGCUGAAGCAAAUGUAUUUUCAUCAACCUGUGACGUUGAUCUCUGGGUACGUACAAAUAUCAGGUGUCUUUCAGUACGAUUCCGAAGUCAUUGCACAAUCGAAAUUUAGACAAGAUGAAGUAAAAAUGGUAGGGCUGGAUGUUUUACCUGGUCAUGGCACAAACUCUAUUAUUACAACUGAAGAUGAAAACCCUCUUAAGGGCAAAAGAAAUCUCACAAAGUAUUUCAAUUCGAAUUUCGCAAACGUCACCAAUGGCCUUUUUUCCUCAGAAGUCAAUUCUGGUACAACUGGAAGUUAUAAUGAACGAAUUCUGGUUAAUUCAAAUAUAAAAGUCUUGCCUCUCCUUUUAAUUCCGCAAACACUUUUAUUUUCAGAGAUUUCUUUAGAGCCAGGUGAAGUAAGAACUUUUCACUUCAAAUCUACGAAACUACCAAAAGAUGUCGGCCCAAGUUAUUCCUCCUCGAAAGUUGCAUCCGUUAACUACGCGCUUGAGGUUGGUGUGGACGCACUUUCUGAUGAUAACAUCAUAUCAUUUUCGAAUAGAGUUCCAAUAACCAUAACACCAUAUAUUAGUUCGAACGCUGAACAGUACACGUCCCAUUUCGAUAAACCGCCAAUCAUAUUGAAGGCAGGCAAUAUAAAGGAGUUGAAGCCCCGUGCAUUUACCCGAAAAGCUUCCGCAGCUUCUGCCAUAUCAUUCGGUAGAAGAAAGUCUUCCAUUAUUGAUUCAUCAUUAGAAAAUAGCGAAUCUGUUAGCCACAUCAAAAAAAGUUUUAUCGAACUAGUAGAGUCCAAUCAGAAUGGGUCGAGAGAUAUAGAUGAACUUAUUGACCUGCAAAUGGAAGUACAAUUUGGGAAGGAUGAGGAUUCCUCGGAUCCUGAACCUAACAACUCAACUUUUUCCAAUGAAAUGUCGAUAUCGGCAGGUUCUAGCGCAACUAGUAAUGUUAUGAGUAAAAGAAGGAGAAGUGAAUCCGUACGUAAUAAUAUCCUUAGCCUCGAUCAGAAGGCAUGGAAUAACAGUGCAUUUAUUAAGACAGACAGCAAUUCUAAUCUUUUACCUCAGUUGGUCAAUUUACAAAGUGCAUAUCAAAUUAAUAGGAAUAAUGAGCCUAUGGCAAAAGUAUCCUUGUCAGCACCUUUUUUCAAGACUACGGAUGACUUAGAUUUGGUCAUUGAAUUAGAUUCAAUAACAACACCUUUACUAAAAGUAACUACAUUAACUGUGUCUUUGGAAUCGUUUGAAAUCAUAAAUCCAAAAUAUAAGACUGAAGUGAGACAGGUGGGGAGCAAACCAAAGGGGAACGCGGUCUAUGAAAAGCAUUUCAUUUGUUUUGACGAAUGUAAGUCUAUAUCGGCAAAAUUGCUUCCUCCGAGAUCGCCCACAAAUCAGAUUGCUGGGCAGUUCAAGACAGACGUCUUUCAACAUAAAUGGAUGAUAGGUCUAAAAUUCGUGAUAAUCGCAAAGACAGGAGGCAUUACGUUGAAUCAAUUUUACGAGGAUAAGAAGGGCGUUUUAUUCCAUUCAAAGGAAACCCUAGAGGGUGAAGAAUUCUCGUGUUACGUUCCUGUUCCUAUACUGGCUUCAUCCGAAGAUCUUAUGGGUUGGUAG